UCCACCUGGUUCCUCUUGAAUCCUGCAGCUCUGUCGACGCUUCUUUGAACUUUGACCCUUUAAUAACCUUCGCUGGUUACAUGUGAGCAAACAGAAGAAGCUGUAACACUCUGUCCCGAGGACCUGCAUCACAUCAGAACAUUAGAACAUGGCUAGAUAUCUGGCUCAGAUCAUUGUGAUGGGAGCUCAGGUGGUGGGAAGGGCCUUUGCUCGGGCUUUACAGCAAGAAUUUGCAGCCAGUCAAGCAGCAGCGCAGGCCAGAAACAGUGCAGGUCAGCACUCUGCUGCAGCGUCUAGCAUCACCGGGAUGACUCUGCAAGAGGCGCAGCAGAUCCUCAAUGUGUCCACGCUCACUCCUGAGGAGAUUCAGAAGAACUACGAGCACCUUUUUAAAGCCAAUGACAAAGAAGUGGGCGGCUCAUUUUACAUACAAUCAAAAGUGGUGCGGGCUAAAGAGCGUCUAGAUGAGGAACUAACUAUUGAGACACAACAACAACAACAACAAAAGUCGCGGCAGGACACGGAAACAUGAAGUCUGAAAUUAUGCUCGCCCCGUCUUUCCUCUCCCCAUCCUCUGUAAAUUAUAACCCAAUAAAAGUCUUCUCUUUUUCUCUA